AUGGAUUAUUCAUUGCAAGUACACGGAGCUAAAUAUAUAUUUCCAAUACCGGAUGGACUCAAAGAAUUAUCCAGCGAUAUAAUAAGGGAAGUAUUAAGGCAUCAACCUGAACAUAUAAAUGGUUUUAUUGCCGAUUAUCUGGAAACAAUGUUGGAAGUGAGAGAAAAAACAAGAGGGGAUCUUUAUAGAAUUAAAGAUGUUACACGCGAACAAGUUAACGAAUAUGCAACCAUAAUUCAGGCUGCCUGGAGAGGUUAUGUCGUACGAAAGAAAUUAGCGGAAUAUUUGAGGAAAAAACAAAAAUUCGAAGAAGAAAGAGAAAAGAGAAAAUCACUUAAAAUCGAAGAACUAUUGGAAAAAUUGGGUAUCACAUACGAGGAAGCAACAAGAGCUGCAGGAAUCAUACAGGAUGCUUACAAAGUUUCUAGAAUAAAAUGGGAAUCUGGUGAAUAUAUACUGGGUGAAAGAAUACCAUUCGGUCAAAGAAUAAGGGAAGAAGAUAAAGUUCAAGGACGAUUUAAAAAAUGGGACGAUGCUGAUUUUGGUGACUUUUUUGACAUGGAUAAAGAAGGAGAAAUUAAAUACGUAUGGCCGAGAGUAGGUCAAUUGAUUAAAAUGCCAAGAGAUGAACUUCCGGACGAUGUUGAAAUUGUUGAAUUUUUUGGUAUGAGAGACUUGCAAGGAAACGAACAAUAUUCUUAUUUGAUAAAAUCACAAUCCAAAAUGGAAAAAAGAGGAACACCGAUUGGAUUUUUGAUACCCAUUCCAAGAUCUUUACUUUUGGAAUCAUCCACGGAAGUUGUUUUUAAAAAUCCCGAAAAUAUAAUUCGAAUGGGUACUUAUACGUACGUAUUUAAAGAUAAAGUCGAUAGAGAAGAAAUUAAAAAAUUUGACGAACUUUUAAAAGCACAAAAAACGGCUGCUAAUGAUCCGAAUGAAAUAAUUGGCGAGCUGGAUUACGAUCCGCACUGGGUACUACCGAGAAUAUUAGUUAGAAUAAAACCGGAAAACCUUUUGGAAACCGAUUACGAAGUAUUAUUUAGAACGCUUCCGUCAAAAGUUGUUUGCGAAGAAGAAGUUUACGUAUUUAGAGCCGAAAGUUUGGAACAAACGUUAAAGAUCGUAAGAUUUAUAUUAAGAGACGAAGAACUUUCUGUCGAAAAUGCUUUAUUGAAAGCGAGCAAUCUAAGCCCGUACAAGAUAAAAGAAACUGGAAGAAUUUUCCCAAUCGAAUUAAAUUAUAAAGUACCCGUUGAUUUUGUACAGAAAAUAGAAAUAAUACCCGAUAAAUAUACUUCUGGAGAAGAUACAUCUGAUUUGGCCAUGUUCGAAUACGUGUUUGUACCUUGGCAACAAUUAAAAAGUAAAAAAUAUCCGAAAGGUGAACCAUUGAUGAAAAUAUUCAUAACAAGGUUCCAGGGAUAUCAUUCGGAUUAUUUGGGAAGUUCAGCUCUGGAAAAUCAAGUAUUUGUUAUGGGUCCAAAAUUAGCGGCUCCAAAUGGAAGACCGUUAACGUUUGAAUCAUUAUUCUGGAAUGAAUUUGGAGAAGAAGCUUGGUUUAAGUUACUUCACGAUGUAGCAUGUAGCAAAUUCGAUACGGAAGAGGAAGUUGAAAAAACGGAAGGUGAAGUAGAAAAGAUUCAUGGUCCAACAGACAAAUUUACCGAUGAAGAUGGUUCGAAAAGAAAAGGAGAUGAAGAAAAAGACGAUGAUUUACAGGCUGAUACGGUUGAAACCGGUUCUCAAGAUAAUGUUUGA